AACAAAUGUCACAACAAACACAUGUUUUGGAUUGUGGCUACAGCGCGUUCCGGAGCUCAUCACCCCUCGAUUGGACUACAUUUCUCAUUUUUUGGCUAACUGAAAGAGAAAAUCAUGGCUAACAAAAAUCAGCUGAAGAGAUUGCAACAGCAACGUUCGGCGCUGCUGCGACGGAUGAUCAAAUCUACCGAUGCCCGGCUAAAACCUGCGGACCGUUCCGCAGCGAAACAGAAGAAAAAACGCGACAGUGAUGAGCCAAAACUGGUCGAACGACCCCAAGGCAAUUCGGCAAUGUUCUUCCAAUACAACACACAACUCGGCCCACCGUACCACGUACUGGUCGACACGAACUUCGUGAAUUUCAGCAUCAAAAACAAGCUUGAUAUCAUCAAAACCAUGAUGGACUGUCUGUACGCGAAGUGUAUACCGUACAUUACGGACUGUGUGGUGGCUGAGUUGGAGAAGCUUGGACAAAAGUACAAAUUAGCUCUCCGCAUCAUAAAAGAUCCACGUUUUGAGCGGUUGCACUGUAUGCACAGGGGUACAUACGCCGAUGACUGUCUUGUGCAGCGAGUUACUCAGCACAAAUGCUACAUAGUGGCUACCAACGAUAAGGAUCUGAAACGCCGCAUUCGUAAAAUUCCUGGUGUGCCGAUCAUGAACGUGGCUGUAAACCGCUACGUUAUCGAACGAAUGCCAGACGCUUUCGAGCCUAUGGCGUCAAAGAAAUAAUCCACACCACGAUGGUUACUUUAAGGUUUUGUUUAUUAAGAGAAGAUGCGAAUACGAACAUUACAAACAAA